CGAGAGCUGAUAAGGGUUUAGCACUUCAGUUCAGCGGUUGUUCAUUUCUUCUUGAUCGCUUCAAGCCUUCAUCACUUUCAUGAGUUUGAGUUGCUGAAAUUUCUUUAUUGACAAUGGAUGGUGGUAAAAACCCUGGCAAAUUCUUUGGAACUAGGAACAACAAGAUCUACAUGGACCUUAAGCUCAUAAUAAGGGAGCAUGCUCUUCAAUUUCUUCCUGCAAAAUCACUGUUUAAGUUCAGGGGAGUUUGCAGGGAUUGGAAGCUCAUGAUCUCAACCCCUUUCUUUGCCCACAACCAAUCCCUUUCCUUCUCUUCUGUUUCAGGCCUUUUUCUCCAAACCUCUGGAGGCCAACCAACUUUCAUAUCGCUCGACCCCGAAGCUUGUGGCGUUCCAGACCCCUCCCUGAAGUUCCUUCCCGUCCCAGUUGACAUUGUGGCUUCAUCCAAUGGAUUACUCUGUUGCCAGGCUCAAACCGGAGAUAAAGCAUACUAUAUCUGUAAUCCUGCAACUAUGCAAUGGAAAAAACUCCCGAAACCGACCAUGGAACAUGGCCAUGAACCUGCUGUUGUUCUCAUUUUCAAACCUUCGUUACUGAACUUUGUAGCCGAGUACAAACUGAUUUGUGGGUUCCGCUCUGUUGAUAUGGAUGAUGCCACUGAAUUCGAAAUCUAUUCGUCAAAAGACGAGUCAUGGAAGGUUUCUGGGGAGAUGAACUAUGCUGCCAAGAAGCUGAUUCCUAAAUCUGGUGUGAGCAUUAAUGAUGUCGCCUAUUGGCAAACGUGUUACGGAGGUAUUUUGGCGUUUGAUUUAACGAAAGACAGGUCUCAACUCAUCCAUGGAUGUCACAGUACUAACGGGACUUUAGGGGAAAUGAACGGGAAGCUUUGUACCGCUUUCACGUUCGGGCAUACGUUAACGGUUAGUGUUAUUUCCAACAUUUAUUCCAACACGAUGCAAAUGAGCAGCCAGGCGAGACUUUGGGAUGACAAGGUGCGGGUCCCGCUGAGCAAUGAAGUACUCGACGGCAACUUAUAUGAUCAAUUUCCGGUUUUGUAUGCUGGGAGUGAGGCCGUGUUUCUUUUUAGUGGGCAAUGUAUAUAUCGGGUUGAUUUAAAGACGAAAGAAGUUAAGUUCGUUGUUGAGGCAUCACGGUUUGAUCGGAGGGCGAUACCAUACGUGAAUAGCCUUGUUGCGCUCUGAGAUUGACGGUUUGCAUAGCUAUGAACACAAGUUAAGCAUGGUUUGUAUAUGUCGAUCAUUUUGAACUGUUUAGCAGAAAGUGUCAUUUUAACCAAGUAAAUGGAGAUUGUAGAAAUCUCGACUGUUUUUGUGUUGCAUGAAUCUUUGACCCUUCAUUAUGAUGAUCCUUUUGA